AUGGCUGGAACCCUCCAAUCAAGGCAGCUUUAUGCCAUCACCAUAUUUGGGUACAAGAAGGAGGGCAUGGACGAGAAAGAAUAUCACGACUACGUCAGCAAAAACCAUGCCGGCCAUCUCAAGGCUUUGCUUGCCAAGAACGAUAUUGUUUCAUACACCAUGCAACAUAAUACUACGGAGACAAGGGCGCUGCUACAACAAAUUCACCCCGGUCUCCCCACUGAGAAGCAGGCCGACUGCGACAUGGUCGUUCAGAUUGUCUUCAGGGAUAUUCAGGACUACCUACGAGUGCGCCAGGAUCCGCACUGGCUUAAUGUAGUCAACCCAGAUCACGUCAACUUUGCUGAUGGCAAGAGGACCAAGUUUGCGACUGGUUGGUACGAGGUCCAUGUGACGGACGGUGUGGUGGUUUCUCAAUGA